AACCCAAAUGAGGCGUGUCAAACAUCCAACAGCUAAAAAUUGUCCAACUUUAUAAAAAUUUAAUAUUCCCAUCUUUAUAUUUUUGGCUAUAAAUACCACAACACAUACUUCUAUUACAUAUUCAUUGAUCAACAUCCAACGCAACCAACCAUUAAAACUCUCUAGUCUCUACUAGAAAUAACCCAAAAAGAGAGCAGGGGCGACCCAAAAAAGGUGAAAAGAACACAAAAGAAUGGCAGGAAAGAAUGAAGCAUUAUUGCUGCUAGCAACACUGGUUAUUGCUACCAUUUUUGGGAUUUCUUCUGCUGCAACAUACACUGUUGGUGAUAAAACUGGAUGGACUAUUCCUUCUUCUCCUAAUUUUUACGCUCAAUGGGCUGCUAAACAAACAUUCAAAGUUGGAGAUGUUCUUGUGUUUAACUUUCCGGCAUCAGCUCAUACAGUAGCUGAAGUAUCCAAAGCAAACUUUGAUUCAUGUGGCACCAGCAACACUAUAGGCGCUGUUAAAACCACUGCCCCGGCUCGCUUCACCCUCAACAAGCCCGGAACCCAUUACUUCAUCUGCACCUUCAGCGGACACUGUAGUGCCAACCAAAAGCUCGCCGUCACUGUUACUGGUCCAUCAAGUACUGCUCCCGCUAUCUCCCCCACCCCUUCUGCUGGUGCCGUCAGCCCUACCACCCCAACCGCCGAUAGCCCAAGCACCCCAGCUGUUGGCGUCUCCCCAUCAGGAAACCCCGCCACUGAAGCUCCUUCCGCCACAUCAACCCCACCACCCAGUGGCAACUUCGCCGCCUCCACAAGUGUUGGGUUUUUGAGCUUGGUGUCAGUUGCGGUUGCAGCUUUGAUGGCCUAGGGAUAAAAUUUUGUAUUGUUGUUGGGCUUUGGAUGCUUUUUUUUUUUUAUUAUUAUUUUUAUUUAACCCCUAUUUUUAUUGUAUGUUAAUUGGUGGAUUUUGUUUUUUGUUCUUUUUUUUUUUGAGGUUUAUUGAUA